AUGCAGGAGUCCGAGAGCCCUAGCGUCUGCCAGCUCCAGCCGAACAUCAUCUCCGUACGUCUCUUCAAGAGGAAAGUGGGGGGCUUGGGCUUCCUGGUGAAGCAGCGCGUCUGCAAGCCGCCCGUCAUUGUCUCGGACCUGAUCCGGGGCGGGGCGGCCGAGGAGUGCGGUCUGGUCCAGGUGGGCGACAUCGUCCUGGCCGUCAACAACAAGCCGCUCGUGGACAUGAGCUAUGAGCGCGCCCUCGAGACCCUGAAGAACGUGUUGCCCGAAAGCCACGCCGUGCUCAUUCUUCGAGGUCCAGAGGGGUUCAGCACCCACCUGGAGACCACGCUGAGCGGAGACGGGCGUCCCAGGACCAUCCGGGUCACCAGGCCCCUGUUCCCAAUGUCCAAAUCCUACGACCGCUGCUCACCCGUCACGCAGGGAAGCAAGGAGCUGAGGGCCAUCGAAAACCUGUCUUCAGCUUCGACGCCACGGAAAGACUCCAAACCCUUGAUCCCUCUGAUCAGCCAGGACAACCUCCUGAGGGAUGGGAGCUGCACCCCCCUCCUCAAUGGGGUAGAGGAGAACAACGACCUGAUGAAGGAGAUCGAGCCCGUCCUGAAACUGAUCAAAAACAGCAAGAAGGACAUCAAUGGAGAGGGUCAGAAGAUGACUGAGAGGAGAGAUGCAGAGGUUCAAGUGGAGAGAGACCUUGGCAUGGGAAACGGCACGGCCCCGCAGCUGGCGUCUGAUAACGACAGAGUGUUUGACGACCUCUGGACGAAGGACAAAAUGCCCACAGUGCUAAAUAAUCCAUAUUCUGAAAGCGACAAGCCACCAAUCCAAGGAAGAGCGUCCCCCACUAAGACUCUACAGAACGGCAGUCCGUCCAAAUGUCCCCGUUUCAUGAAAAUUAAAAACUGGGAGACAGGAAUAGUCUAUAAUGACACUCUCCACAUGAAUUCGAGCAAGGUAAGAUCCUGGAUGAUCAAAAAGCGGCAACUGUUGUCGCUUUUCCCUGAUAAAUUUUUUUGUCUGUUUUUCGAUGAGAGCAGAUUUGGGUCUAAGGCCCAUGUCGACAGACUGGAGGAGGUUACCAAGGAGAUUGAAUCAUCUGGAACCUACCAGCUGAAAGACACAGAGCUGAUCUAUGGCGCCAAACAUGCCUGGAGGAAUGCAGCUCGCUGCGUAGGGAGAAUUCAGUGGUCCAAACUUCAGGUGUUUGAUGCCCGAGACUGCACAACAGCCCACGGAAUGUUUAAUUACAUCUGCAACCACAUCAAAUACGCCACCAACAAAGGAAACCUCAGGUCCGCCAUCACGAUAUUCCCCCAGAGGACAGAUGGGAAACAUGACUUCCGGGUGUGGAACAGCCAGCUCAUCCGAUAUGCUGGUUACAAACAGCCAGACGGAACUAUCCUGGGAGAUCCGGCAUCGGUGGAGCUGACAGAGAUUUGCAUACAGCAGGGCUGGAAGGCUCCUAAAGGGCGGUUUGACGUGCUGCCCCUCCUGCUUCAAGCCAAUGGGAACGAUCCAGAGCUUUUUGAGAUUCCCGAUGAUCUCAUUUUGCAAGUGCAGAUCACACAUCCCAAGUUUGAGUGGUUUAAAGACCUGGAUCUGAGAUGGUAUGGCCUGCCUGCCGUGUCCAGCAUGCUGCUAGAGAUCGGGGGCCUGGAGUUCACUGCCUGCCCCUUCAGCGGCUGGUACAUGGGCACGGAGAUUGGCGUCAGAGACUUCUGUGACAGCUCGAGAUACAACAUACUUGAGGAAGUAGCCAACAUGAUGGGAUUGGACACAAGGAAGACUUCCUCCCUAUGGAAGGAUCAGGCACUGGUGGAGAUUAAUAUUGCUGUUCUGCACAGUUUCCAGAUGUCCAAGGUGACCAUAGUGGACCACCAUUCGGCCACUGAAUCCUUUAUGAAACAUAUGGAAAAUGAAUAUAGGGUUCGGGGAGGGUGUCCGGGGGACUGGGUUUGGAUUGUGCCCCCAAUGUCCGGAAGCAUCACUCCAGUUUUCCAUCAGGAGAUGCUCAAUUACCGCCUGACACCAUCUUUUGAGUACCAGCCCGAUCCGUGGAACACCCACGUGUGGAAAGGAGUGAACGGGACGCCCACGAAGAAGCGAGCGAUCGGAUUCAAGAAGCUAGCCAAGGCCGUGAAGUUCUCUGCCAAACUGAUGGGCCAGGCCAUGGCCAAAAGAGUUAAAGCCACUAUUCUGUACGCCACGGAGACGGGAAAAUCGCAGGACUAUGCAAAAACUCUGUGUGAGAUUUUCAAGCAUGCCUUUGAUGCCAAGGUUAUGUCAAUGGACGAAUAUGACAUGGUGGAUUUGGAGCAUGAGACUUUGGUUCUGGUGGUCACCAGCACAUUCGGAAAUGGAGACCCACCCGAAAACGGCGAGAAAUUUGGUGCAGCUCUGAUGGAAAUGAGACACCCGACGUCCAACACGGAGGACAGAAAGAGCUAUAAGGUACGCUUCAACAGCGUCUCCUCCUACUCUGACACCCGCAAGUCCUCCAGCGACGAACCUGAGUCUAAAGCCAACUUUGAGAGCACAGGACCCCUUGCUAACGUUAGGUUCUCGGUGUUUGGCCUGGGCUCCAGGGCCUACCCACACUUCUGCGCUUUUGCCCACGCUGUGGACACGCUGUUUGAGGAGCUCGGAGGGGAACGCAUCCUACGCAUGGGCGAGGGCGAUGAGCUUUGCGGCCAAGAGGAGUCCUUCAGAACCUGGGCCAAGAAGGUUUUCAAGGCCGCAUGUGAUGUUUUCUGUGUUGGCGACGAUGUCAACAUCGAGAAAGCGAACGACUCUUUGAUCAGUAACGACCGCAGCUGGAAGAAGAGCAAAUUCCGUCUAACCUACACAGCUGAGGCACCAACGCUUACACAAGGUUGGCUCAGUUUGUCAUCACUCUAUAACAUUCACAAGAAGAAAGUUUAUGGAGCCAAACUCUUACAGAGACAAAACCUACAAAGUCCCAAAUCCAAUCGUUCGACCAUAUUAGUCCGACUCCACACCAACGGCCACGACAGCUUGCGCUAUCAGCCUGGGGACCAUCUGGGUGUUUUCCCUGGCAACCACGAAGACCUGGUCAAUGCACUCAUUGAGAAGCUGGAGGAUGCCCCGCCUGUCAAUCAAAUCAUCAAAGUCGAGUUUCUCGAAGAGAGAAACACAGCACUGGGUGUCAUCAGUAAUUGGACAGAUGAAAGUCGUAUUCCCCCAUGUACCAUCUACCAGGCCUUCAAAUACUUUUUGGACAUCACCACUCCACCCAGUCCCCUUCUACUCCAGCAGUUUGCCCCACUGGCCACCAGUGAGAAGCAAAGGAAGAAACUGGAGGUCCUCAGUAAACAAAUGAUCCUUCGGGAGACCUGUAAUGGGUUCAUGGAAAAGUAUCUUGACCAAUCACUGAUGACAUCAUUGGUUUUAUAAGCACAUACGAAAUCCUCCUUUGAAUGGCCCCUUGUUGGCUUUCCUCAAGAACACGUACAUUAAGUUGACCAGGAUCUAAAGUGAUCUCCCAUCCCAUCUCUCUAGGGUUUGCAGGAGUAUGAAGAGUGGAAGUGGUACAACAACCCCACCAUGGUGGAGGUGUUAGAGGAGUUCCCCUCCCUUCAGGUUCCCUCCACUCUGCUCCUGACCCAGCUGCCACUGCUCCAACCUCGCUACUACUCCAUAAGUUCCUCACCGGACGUCUACCCUGGAGAAAUCCACCUAACUGUUGCCGUGGUCUCUUACCGAACCCGAGAUGGGGAAGGCCCAGUGCAUCAUGGGGUUUGCUCCUCUUGGCUUAACAGCAUCGAGGCAGAUGACAUGGUCCCGUGUUUCGUCCGAGGAGCCCCAAGCUUUCACCUGCCAAAAGACCACAAAGUCCCGUGUAUCCUGGUGGGGCCGGGAACUGGAAUCGCUCCCUUCAGAAGCUUCUGGCAGCAGAGGCAAUUUGAUUAUGAAAACAAAGGAAUCAAAUCAUGCCCAAUGAUCCUGGUCUUUGGGUGUCGGCAAUCGCAGAUUGACCAUAUUUACAAAGAGGAGACGAUUCAGGCCAAAAACAAAGAGGUGUUUACAGAGCUGUAUGCGGCAUACUCCAGAGAGCCUGGCAAACCAAAGAAAUAUGUCCAGGACGUGCUCCGUGAGCAGCUGUCGGAGAAGGUGUACAAGUGCCUGAAGGAGGAAGGAGGUCACAUCUACGUGUGUGGAGACGUGACCAUGGCCGGAGAUGUCCUCAAGACCAUCCAACAGAUUGUCAAACUCCAGGGCAACAUGUCCCUGGAGGACGCUGGCUUUUACAUCAGCAGACUGAGGGACGAGAAUCGAUAUCACGAGGACAUAUUUGGUGUCACCCUGCGCACGUACGAAGUCACCAACCGACUGCGUUCUGAAUCCAUCGCUUACAUCGAGGAGAGCAAGAAAGACUCUGACGAGUAA